UUUUUGUUCCCAUCCUUCUCCAGGAUUGCAGGGUCGUGUUUUUUCCCCUUCUAUCUGGGCAGCUCGAGGAACUCCCAUAACUGGGCGCGUUUCCCUCCCCCCCCCGGGUCUAACCACGAUUCCGCUGCGUCUUUUGGGUCUGGUCUAUCCGUAGUCCCUCCUUCUUUUGCUCCCGGUAUGGAUUCAUAGCUCCCCCUUCCGCAGCUUGUCCCUUUUCUCUCUCUGUUCCUACCCGCACCCCGUUUGUUGCCGUUGCCGUUGCCGUCGCCGUUGCCGUCCCUACUUGGUAAUCGCCGUGCUUUCUCUCCUCGUCCUCCUACCCUCUAUCUUCUUCCACGUCGUCUGGUCUUCUCUCCUGUCCGUGUUUGUCGUCAUCCCGUCCGUCCUAGCUCCUAGCUCCCGGCGCCGCUUCCAAAGACGUCACCCUCGACCUAACCGUUAUUGACAUCACCCGUCACAAACCGACAUCGGGAAGAGCUAACGACCAACCACCCACGACGCCGGAGCAUUUCCCCUCCCGACCUUCGCGAGAGCUUCACCCCGAGGCUCGAACAAAUCUCAGAAAAAGAAGAGCCCCCCCAAAAAAGGCGAAAAAGACCCCCAGUCCAAUACCCACGGAACACCAAAACGCGCCGCAUGGCUGAACGAGAUACGAGACCAGAAGGGCUCGCUCCCAUCCCCGUCGCGCCCCCUAACCUCAAGAUCAAACCCCCGAGCCCGCUGGCUCUGGCCCAAAAAGUCGAUAUGGACACCAAGACGGCCGACCCCAAGGCCACCUGGAACUCGAAAAACCUGGGCCUGCGCCUGGGCGCCGACCUGUUCAGCGCCGCCUGCGCCGGCACGCUGGUCGCGCCCCUUGUGUCCAUCAUUGACCGCUCCAUAAUGGAAAACGCCUCGGGCCGCCGCGGCCUCGGCGACUGCGUCCGAUCCUGCCUCAGGGAGCUUCUCCUCCGCCCGCACCACUUCGUCCUCAGCAAGCCCUUCGCCCUCAUCUUCGCCCUCUACGGCGGCACCUACCUGACGGCCAACACCCUCGACACCGCCUCCUCCACCGUCCGUAACCGGCCCGCCUCCGAGGUCACUGCCGGUACCGCAAAGUUCGCCGCUUCGAGCGCCGCCAACAUCGGCAUCUGCAUGUACAAAGACCAGGUCUUCGCCCGCAUGUUCGGACCCCCCGGCGCCACCCCGCGGCCCGUCUCCGCCGUGACCUACGCCCUUUUCACCCUGCGCGACUGCAUGACCAUCUUCGCCAGCUUCAACGUCCCGCCCCGCCUCGGCCCCUGGCUCAACUCCCGCAUGGGCGACGAGAUGGCCAAGAGGGUCAGCGGCCUGACCGUCGUCCAGUUUGCCGCCCCAGCCAUGGUCCAGCUCGCAAGCACCCCGCUGCACCUGCUGGGCCUCGACGUCUACAACCGGCCCGGCGUGCCCGGCGCGCCCGUCUCGUGGGCCGAUAGGUGGCGCUCCGUCGCCAAGAACUGGGGCAUCAGCACCAUGGCCCGCAUCUGCCGCAUCAUCCCGGCCUACGGCGUUGGCGGCGUCGUCAACCGCAAGGUGAGGCUGAGCCUCAUGGAUAAAAUGGAGAGGACGUCAUGAGCCUGUGUUUCUUUCUCUUCGCGAUGUGUCGAUGAAAGUGCGAUCGAGCGUCGACAUGGUAGUCGUGCGUCGUUUUCUUGUCAUUGCUGUGUACAAAUCUCACGGGCAUUGGGUUCAUAUGGGCGGCGUUCCUGGGCUAUAGGUUUUGCUUUUUGUUUUCUUUUUCUUGCUUCGUCUUUGGCAUCUAGAUGGCUAGAAACUGGGGGAGGCGGUCUCAUCGUAGCUGCGGAUCGGAGGAACUGGUCGAUCCUUUCAUAGAUGACAGGCCGGGGAACCCUCGCCCGCAGCAUCACACACGAACGAACAAACGAACAAAUACACACACACACACACACACACACACACACACACACACACAUA